AUGACGAAUCACAGUCCCUCUCAACCAUCUCCGGAGGCCACAAGACGCAUUGAAGAGAAUCGAUUGCGGGCUAAAGCACUUCACGCUGAAAGUCUGUCCAUCGAUGCAAGUGCCUCAUCUAGUGGUCCAGGCAAGGCGACGGGUAUCAAAAGAGCACAUGCUUCUAUUUCAACGACGCAUUUGCCCGAAACGAGUCGCGAUGCUCGUCAGAUGCCGCCUGUCGAAGGUAUUCAGGUAGCACGAAAGUUUCGAAAGUAUAUUGAUCAUGACUUCAGCAAGAUGACAGAUACUAAAGGGGGAUUCCUGAGUGCUGCUGACGAUCCCUGGAAUAAAGCUAUGAAUCACGCUCGUUGCGAUGCUACUAAACCAGCGCACAUGACUGAGCAGGAGUGGGAACGACAUCAGGUUAUCAGAGGAUUACGCAACCGAAAAGAGGGUCCCUUCGAACCAGGAAUUGGGCUCGAUGCCCGCGAAAAUGGCCGCAAGUGCCGUGAAUGUGGUAGUCUCGAGAUUGACUGGCAGUGGGAAGCUACUUUUGGAUGUGCAAUCUGCGCUGGAUGCAAGGAAAAUUACCCAGAAAAAUAUAGUUUACUCACCAAGACUGAGGCUAAAGAUGAUUACUUGUUGACAGAUCCCGAAUUGAAAGAUGCUGAGCUACUUCCUCAUCUUAGCAAGCCCAAUCCACAUAAAACCCACUGGCAUGACAUGAUGCUAUUCUUACGCUAUCAGGUCGAAGAAUACGCGUUUAACACAAAAUGGGGAUCGUCUGAGGCACUAGACGCUGAGUUCGAGAAAAGAGAAGCCGAUAAAAAAAAGCGCAAAGAAGAAAAAUUCAAGAGUAAACUCAGGGAAUUGAAAAAAAAGACUCGAACAGAAGCAUUCCGGAGAAACAACAAAAAUAAAUCCGUGGACGGUCAAUUUGGAGACCAAAUCGGGGGUCAGGGAAAGCAUGAGCAUGAAUGGGGCCAGGUCGUUGAAAAAGAGAACAGUCUCGCCGUGAGGAAGUGUAUCUUGUGUCACAUGGAAGUCGAAGAGCUUGUAUUCUAA